AUUGAAUAAAUUGUGCUCCUAGCCCAAACAGCUUUUGAAAUUUCUACAAAAAUUGGAAAGUUCCCGUGUCGAUUUGCAACGCUGACUUUCUCAGAGACUGACGGAGUGAGUUGUUCAGCAUCAACAACUGUAAUCAACAGAGGAUAUCCUAUAAAAGGAAAGAAUAAAUAUUGGAUCUUAUUAAUCAUUUAAAUCUUCGUUUUUGAGGCAUAAGAGAAAGAAAGGAUCUUUUGGUUGAUUAAAAAUGUUUGAGAGGAAUCCCGAUACUGCAAUGAUAGGCAAAGAGAUAUUACCAUUUGAAGUGGGGUAUCUUCCAGAAUUUUUUCAGAAAAAAGCCGAAGCGGAGCUUAACGAAUCACAGGAACGGAAGACAGAAAAGCUGGUUGAAUUGAAGAAAUUACUGAGUGAGGAUAAACACUCCAAGAAUCUCAUCUUUUUUGAUGAGUUCCUCAUCCAGUUCUUGCGAGUCAAAAAGUACAACGCAGAAAAAGCAUUCCAACAAUUAAAGUCGUACAUUAUACUAAGAAAGAAAAAUCCGAAUAUGUUUGUGGAUCUCUCCUUCGAUUCUGUUGUCAAAACAGUUAACAAUGAUAUUAUAUACGUUCUACCUUGGAGAUGUCAUAAUGGAUGUGCCAUUAUAGUUGUUGAACUUGAUCAUUGGGACCCUGACACAUUUUCCGUUGAGGAAGUGAAACGAGCACUUGUGACAUAUCUUCUCGGCUCUCUUCGGGAUCCUAUGACACAAGUGAAUGGCUUCAAGGUCAUCUUGGAUGUCAAAAGUAAUCCGAUGAAACAUUUGAGACAUUGCACACCAAGUAAUUUACACCUUAUAUACCAUGGCGCUCAGCAAGUUUGUCCUGUCAGAUACAAAGAAGUUCAUAUAAUAGAUGAUUCAGUGGUGUUCAGAACAGUUUGGGCCAUCAUUAAACAUUUUCUGUCAGCAAAAAUUAGAAGCAGGGUUGUGCAUCAUGAGAGUCCUAAGACGCUAGUAAAUUAUUUUCCCCGUUCCGUUCUGCCUAAAAAAUUCGGAGGAGAUUUGGAAAAUUACGACAUGUCAGAUUGGCUCCGAAGGUCUAUGGUGCCUGAGAAAGUGGCUACAAUAGGAGGAGUAAGAAACUGGCCCUCUAAAAAUUAAGAAACAAUAAGAUUAGAAUAUGAAACAAACUUUUUCAUAUUUAUUCAAUCAAUAUUCAAAUACGUUCUGAAAGAACAAAAACAAUUUCCUUGUUGAAAUCUGUAGGUGUGUGGUUUAUAUGUUGAACAUUUAUUUCUCAAUACAUAUCAUUUUAUUUUCGUUUCAAAUAAAAUUUCAAUGCAA